AUGGCUCUCAAACCCGGUGACCAGUUCCCCGAGGGCGUUGUCUUCCAGUACAUCCCCUACGCCGAAGAAAGCAGCGCCAUUACCGCCUGCGGCAUCCCCAUCAACUAUAAUGCGUCCAAGGAAUGGGCCGACAAGAAAGUCGUCCUGUUCUCCGUUCCAGGCGCGUUCACCCCCACCUGCUCCGUGAACCAUAUGCCCGGGUACAUCAAGAGCCUACCGCAGCUGCGCGCCAAGGGCGUGCAGGUUGUUGCGGUCGUCGCGUCCAACGACCCCUAUGUGAUGAGUGCAUGGGGCAAGGCGAACCAGGUCAAGGGCGAGGAUAUUCUGUUCCUGUCUGACCCCGAGGCCAAGUUCUCGAGUAGCAUCGGCUGGGCCAAUAACGGGCGGACGGGCCGGUAUGCGAUCAUCAUCGACCAUGGUAAAGUCACGUAUGCGCAGGUUGAGACGGAGCGGGGGGUGGUCAAGGGAUCUGGCGCGGAUGCUGUUCUGGCGCAUUUGUAG